AUGUUAAGCCAAGUGUGGAAAGUGAUGGCGACGUCGGCGGUAGUGGCAGCUGUACCGUUUGCAUACUGGCAAUACCAGCGAUACACUGAGCUGAAGAAGCGUCGUGAGGCUACCAGAUUGUUGCGAAAGGUGGAACUAAUUGCAACAGAAGUGGCGAUACGAUUGAUGCAUCUGGAGACGCAAGUGAAAGAGCUGGUGGAGUAUGAGGCCAAGAAGGAGGCUGGGGAGACAGAGGACGAGGACCCCACUGCCAAUUCUACUUUAAACUCUUAUUACCAUUUCGACUUAAAGGGCAAUAAACUUAGAACAAAGUGGGACGCGUACGACGUGGACGCAGAGCUGGAACGGCUUGAGAAAGAAGAGCAAGGACAUGAAGUGUCGACGAUUGCUACUGGAGCUUCGAAAAUAGUGCGCAAGGCCCCGCAGAUUACGAGAUCACAAGCUUUCACCACUUCUCAAGGCAUUGAACACGAGUUCGACGCAGUGCUUUCGUUUUUAGACGACAUCCGUGGCGACCAUGAGGUCAAGCAGAUGCGCAAGGCCAUUGCAAACAAGAUAACUAGCGACUAUUAUGCACGCAUCGAUGCAGUCCAAGCUAUGCUUGCCUAA